CAUUUUUGUUCUAUUUCGUUUUCCGUCAUCAUAUGGUUUGAGUCUGAGAGUGUAGUGAAGAGUUGCAGAACCCGUUCGUAAAAGAGAAUUGAAAGAUAUGGCAAAGAAAUCGUAUGAUUUGUUAUUUAAGUUAUUGCUGAUUGGGGAUUCAGGUGUCGGAAAGACAUGCAUUCUGUUCAGGUUUUCUGAUGAUGCAUUCAAUACAACAUUCAUUUCCACUAUUGGUAUCGACUUCAAGAUCAAAACUAUUGAGCUGCAAGGGAAAAAAAUCAAACUUCAGAUAUGGGACACUGCGGGUCAAGAGCGUUUCCACACCAUCACAACAUCUUAUUAUCGUGGAGCAAUGGGUAUCAUGCUCGUAUAUGACAUUACCAGUGUGAAAACAUUCGACAACAUUGCAAAAUGGCUCAGAAAUAUAGAUGAGCAUGCCAAUGAAGAUGUAGAGAAAAUGAUUCUUGGUAACAAAUGUGAUGUUGAAGACAAAAGGGCAGUUAGUAAAGAAAAAGGAGAGAUGAUUGCCAGGGAACAUGGAAUAAGAUUUAUGGAAACAUCAGCUAAGGCCAAUAUCAACAUUGAGAGUGCUUUCUAUGAACUGGCCCAAGCGAUCUUGACCAAAACUUGCGGACGAGAGCAAGCCGAGCCCUUAGAUCGCGUCCCACUGGAAGGAAGUCGCAAUGAUCGCCAAUCUAAUCGGUGCUGUUAGUAGUAGUAAUAAUAAACACACAAAUUUCUUCAAUUCUUAAGCGCCCAAUUAAACAUGGAUGUGAUCAACGUUGAAGUUCCGCGCAAUUAGACCGGCAUUUUUGUAACCAAAACAGGGAAAGAAGCAAAAUGAGAUGGUAUUUAAUGGAUUGUUUAUCCUCAUUCUUCUUUGAAGGUUCAGUGGGUGAUUUUAAAUUGAGAGCUGUUGACAGAAUGAGGAGACAUGUCAAUCCACACCCGUUUAACACGUCUCCUUUCACCUGACUAAUUAAAAUAAAAGAAACGAAAAGUUCAAAUUUGGCCGGUGGCGUUAUUGCUCGACUCAAAAUCCAAUUCCAUUUUCCAAUAAUCUUGCCUUGUACCGAACUACUCUAAAUGGUUUGUGAAAACUUCUUUCUUUUUGUCCGAGUUGCUUUUUUUUUCGUGGAUGCCACGAUAAUCUUUUCUUUCUGCAAUUGGUGACUUUACUGUUUCGAAGUAACUUUGAUGCAAGAAAAGGCGUCCUUUUCCUUACUGUUGGCCCUGUAACCUGCUGCGCUAAACCACACACAUUCUUCAUCCGAAAUUUCCAUCUUUUUGCUGAUUCUUAUUGCUGAAGCUUGUAAAUACAGAGCCGUUUUCAUAAUAA